GGAUGAGUGAUGGGGGAAGUGCAGCUCUUCGGAAAGUUUAUGACCAUCUGCCUACCAGGAGGAAAGACUUUUUGGGGGGAACAUUGUUAAAACAGCUGUUUUUGAAGAAACCUGUAUAUUUUACGGGUUGUUUUAUGUCCUUGUGAUGGAGUUUGGCGAAGAGUCGUCGCCCGCUUUGGCUUUUGAGAAAGACGCGUUUGAGCUGACGGUUGAAGAUGUGUAUGACAUUUCGUACGUAAUCGGGCGUGAUUUGCUGAAAAUAAGCAGUACGGGAGAAGAAGUGUCGGAUUUACAGUUCAGAAUAGUCCGCGUUUUGGAAAUGUUCGAAACUUUGGUGAAUAAGUACAACUUGUCGCUGGAGGAGCUGAAAAUGGAGCGGGACAACUUGAAGAGUGAACUGGACAGGAUCAUCACAGAGAGCUCGUCCAGACAGGGCACGCAAACUGCAGGACCAAACCAGCUGGUAGUGGACCUGACAGACCCCAACAGACCACGCUUCACCAUGCAGGAGCUGAAGGAGGUUCUGCAGGAGAGGAACCAGCUGAAGGCUCAGCUCAUGGUGGCUCAGGAGGAGCUCCAGCUUUACAAGAGUGGGAUUCUGCCACAUGCUGAACCAGCCAUGGUUGAAGUGGACCUGGACUCACCGGCUGCCACAGACAGUCCUGCUACAGUAAAUGAUGCAAAAGAAGAAAAGACAACCAUAGGCAAACUGUUUUCAUUCAGAAGAAAAUGAACUCAUGGGAAUUGUCCAUGUGGAAAACAUGCCAGUUUUUUCAUCAGUCAACCACUUUUUUAUGUAAAGGUCUAUUUGUCUUAUAGGCAUUGUCCUUUGGACCAGAGUUGUAUAUAUUUUGUGGGAAGUUAGAUUUAAAAAAACAAAACAAACUAAUUAACUAAACUGGAAAGUAUUAUAUAACAAGUAUUGGAGAGGUUUAUGAAGUCAGUUAUGACAUUUAUGGCCUUUUUUUUUUUUUUUUAAUAAUGUAAACAUAUGAAGCAGCAUUGUUUUCACCAAUUAAUCAAAAAACAUUUACCCCACUCACAGUUGUUGCUGCUGUCAUCUGCAUUUUAAUAAAUUUGCUUUGUGCUGAGCAUAUUAUCAAUGUAAUAAUGUUAUUCUGUACAAUUUUUGUAGCACUGGCAUAUGAUAGGAAUACUUAGCAGAUAUUCAUUUGUUAAACAUCAGGACUGUCUUAUAGCAUUGCACCACUUUGCCACAAAAUGGCUUCUGAUGCACACUCACCAGAUAGGUAGAUGUAAAUAAAAAAGUUAAAAAGAUUAUCUGCACAUCACUACUUGACAUUUUAUAUUUUUCAGAUCUUCAACAUUUAUCUGACUACAGCUGGAAUGAAAACGCAAUUGUUUUAUUCCUUAAUUUUCAACACAGGUAAUAAUUUACAUUAGUGGAAUUGAAUAGUUAGAGUAACAUUCUUAAAUGCAGGGACAAUAUCACACACUACCACUCAGGAGAAAUAGUCCUGAAGUAUCAAUCUGCUACAAUUAAACAAGAAAAAUAUAAAAGCUUGAUAAAACAACUGUUGCAAAAAUACACUUUGAGUUGAAGCCUUAGCCUCUAUUUAAAAGAAAAACUUUUCUGUUCAUCAUAAAAAGCAUUUUGGUACUGAUCAUCUUUCAUAUGUCUUUGACAAGAUGAACAGCAGAGACCAAUUCAUGUAAUUCAUGUCAAAAAGCAAAUAUUUGUCAUUAGGGUUCAGUAUUUGAGCCAGGGAUGAGCCAAGAUGGAGGCUUUACUGCGAUCCCCGUAGUCAUAAAGCAGCUCCUCCUCUGCAUCGAUGUCUCUGGAAGCCACCAAGAUCAGAUGAGGGGUCCCAUCGAUGGGGUGGAGCCUAGUCUGGCAGUUUCCACUUUUACUGUGAUUGACCAGUCUCCCAAGGCGGUUUGUUUCCUUUGUAGCAUCCACACUAAUAAAUUAAGAACAAAAAGUUAUUCACAAUAAUUCCAAAUAUGUCCAGUCUGAAGAAAACUAUCAACUCUAAUAUGAGCUCAUGUAAGAGUUCAUUCUUUAGAAAAUGCAUUCCGUAUGACCUAUGUCUACUUUAUACACCUUUUCACUUGCUUUAAAUAAACCUUGUUUUGCCA